CAACCCAGAGAGCCUGACAGACAAAGAGGGAACCCCAGCAACAUCUCCAUCUCUGCUCUUCACCCUCUUAUAGCUCCCUCUUUUUCUCCCUCACUUCCUCACCCCUUCUGAUUCACCUUACACAAUAGACUUCCCUUCCAAGCACCACCAGCCUGAAGGGAAAAGGGGGGGCAGAUACAGUUUCUGUACAACAAUGGAAAUUCAAUCAGGAAAUGGAGAGGAGGUGGCGAGCGCAGUGUCGGCGACCUCGGGCUUCGUUUCCCAUAGUCCCUGUGGGCCGCAGGUAGAGGCAUCAGACGAUCCAGUGCUCAGAGAGGACCUGCAGGCUGCUAAGAGGAUUGAGAGGUUUGACAUCCCACUUGAUAGCCUGAAGAGGAUGUUUGAGAAGCCUGCUGUGGCAAAUUCAGAAGUGACAAACAUCCACGCCUCCCCAUCCAAACGAGCAAUGUCCAGUAGUCUCACACAGGCUGACCCAUCAACAGAUCAAACCAUGGCCUCAUCUCAGGACACCGCUUUUUCUGCGGGCAGUCCUGGUAGAUCCAGGUCAGGACGUCCUGAGGAGAGGGCCCUGAGCGCCGAGGACCAGGAGGGCGAGACAGUGUCAGUGAAAGAGCGACUGGCGAUGUAUCAGGCUGCUGUGUCCAAGAAAGAAACCAGCAGUUCCUCCUCUGCCGCGAUGAUGGAUGAGUCAGAGGCGUGUUCGCUGCCUGGCGGUCUGGCCAGUGUCAAGCGACAGUUUGAGAACCAGGAGUUUGCCUCUUCGUCCUCUCAGUCCAGCAUCACCCAGAUUCAUUUCCAACAGAAAUCUGUCCAGGAAAUGUCAAGCUCAUCAGAGGUGACAGUCAGAAGCAGUGCCAGAGAGGUCAUCCCCACCACAACCCUCUAUCACAGUCAGCAAGAGGUGGUCCAUGAUCAAAGAGCCCACCAUAACAAUGUGGCCAGCAGUUAUGGGAACCAUUACAAUGAAACAGUUAUGCUCGUCGGAGGAGAGGACCUACCAAAGGUUUCCACUCAGGCUUUGAAGCAGCAGUAUGAAAAAACGAUUGAGGAAGCUGCACCAGCCAAGGAAAUUAAGGUUGAUGUGGAUUUCAACCAGUUUCAAUGGACGCCAAUAAACCAGUCCUCUAAAGCUUCAGCAAUGACCAUCUAUGACACAUCUUCCACUGUAAAGACUGCCACUGCCUCAUCAGGAGCAUCUACCUCAUCAGUGGCUCAUGAGACGACAGACCAUUUCCCUCCCCCACCCUCUAACCUGCUGCAGGUAUCACAGGAAGUCCCAGAAAACGCUAUCUCUUCCCAGCAUCAGGAGCUAGCCUCCCAACAUAAGUACACUGUUAGUAAGGAGCAGUACUUUAAACACAAGAGCAUGGCUGAACUAAAGCGCCUCUAUAAGCACAUUCACCCAGAGGUCCGUAAGAACCUCGAAUCAGACUUCUUGAGUCAGCUCACUGAAGCAGAAAAGAAGGACCUUGAAAGCGAAGAAAUGGUGGGUGAUGUCCAGCAGGUAUGCUAUAUUUUUGAAAGUGAUGGCAACAGCCCAAGUAAGUGCUCAAGCCCUGACAGAGAAUACCUGGAGUGGGAUGAGAUCCUUAAAGGAGAAGUACAGUCCAUGCGCUGGAUGUUUGAAAACAAGCCUCUAGAUACAAUCAAAGAUGACACACCAGAUGAGAAUGAGGUGAGGAAUAUUGCCCAGCAGGAAAUCAUUGCUGGCAAAGAUGUCCGAUACACAGCUUGGAUGUUUGAGACUCAGCCCAUGGAUGCUCUGGGGACUGAGACAUCUAAUUCAACUGAGGAGUCACAAAAAUUGACUGAUCUUGCGAGAGGAGAUGUUCGUACUGCUACGUGGCUUUUUGAGACACAGCCACUCGAUUGUCUGAAUAAGAUCUACCAAGAAGAUGAGCAGGAGACAGAUGCUGUUGUCACCAAAGACAUCACCGGAGGAGAUGUCAAAACUGCCAGGUAUCUCUUUGAGACACAGCAUCUAGAUUCCCUUGGUAAAACAGAAACCAUUGAGGAAAGCCACUUUCUGAACCUGAAGUCUGAGCUGGAAGAGAUUAAGGGAGAUGUGAAGACAACCACUCGCAUGUUUGAGACCCAGCCCAUGUAUGUCAUCAGGGGGGAUUCAGGAGAGAUGCUGGAGAUCACCACCAUCCGCAGGGAGGAGACUGAGAAAGGAGACGUGAAGACAUCACGCUGGAUGUUUGAGACCCAGCCCCUGGAUAUGAUCAACAAAGACCCUGCUAUGGUCAAGCUGAUAUGUAGCAUUUCAAUGGAGGACAACAUUCAAGGUGGCGUGAACAAAGGUAGAUGGCUUUUUGAGACAAAGACUCUUGACACCAUUAAGGAUGAGGAAUGGGAGAGUUCCAGAAAGCAAAAGGAAGAAAUAAUUGGAGCUGAUGUAAGGAAACACUGUCUGGUUUUUGAGACUCAGCCUAUGGAUACUCUGAAGGACAACGCCAAUGCUCAACCUUUACCAUCCGAAGAGAUUGUAGGAGGUGAUGUUCAAUCAACAAGACAUCUGUUUGAAACAGUACCAAUGGAAAAUCUGAAAGAACUGCUUGAAGUGGGAAAACUUAAGAAAAUGGUUGCAUCUGAAGAAGAAAAGGGUGACGUGAGACAUCAAAAGUGGGUCUUUGAAAGCCAGCCACUUGAGAAUAUAAGGGAAGAGAAGAAGGAAAUUACAAGAACUGUGAACAUUGAAACUCUUGACAAAGGAGAUGUGACAAACUAUAAAGAAAGAUUUGAAAGUAUGGAUUUAAGCAAGUGUGAAGGAACACAGAAAAUUCAAGUUGAAGGUGUCACAAGUGGAUCCGUCAAAUCCAACAGAGUUCUUUUUGAAUCUUCUCCUAUGUAUGCUAUGCAAGACAGCUCUGGCCAUUACCAUGAGGUGAGGACCGUGAGGCGUGAGGAGAUUGUGAAGGGUGAUGUACGCAGCUGUAGAUGGAUGUUUGAAACACGUCCUAUUGAUGAGUUUGAUGACAGCAUCAAUAAGUUUCAGAUUAUUAAAGGUAUUUCCAAGCAAGAGAUUGAGUCAGGGGACGUCAAAACAGCCAAGUGGUUGUUUGAAACUCAACCACUUGAUGCCAUUAAAUUUUUCAGUAAUUCUGAGGAUGAAGAACGUAAAAUUAAGGAGGGUAUUGAAAUAGAAAAAGGAGAUGUGAAGACUUGUAGGUGGCUAUUUGAGACUCAGCCAAUGGAUGUUCUAUAUGAAAAGGUGGAAAAGAGUGAGGCAGAUGUCGAGGAAGUACAGAAAGGUGAUGUCAAAACGUGCACUUGGCUCUUUGAGACCCAGACACUUGACAACAUUCGUGACCAUACUGAAUCUGACUCUGAGACCAUUCUGAAAACCUGCACUGUAAAGCAAGAGGACAUCCAAGGAAAAGACGUGCGACUGGCUCGCUUCCUCUUUGAAACUGAGAAUCUUGAGAAUCUCACAGGCGAGGACAGUAGUUCUUUCAGGAGGGUUACAGAAAUUGACAUCCACUCAGGCGACGUUUCCAGGAUGAAGUACAUCUUUGAGAAUCGCUCCUCAGACAUUAUGAGCUCCACCUCUGAGGAAACAAUGCAGAAGCUGAAGACGCAGCAGGCUGAGGAUAUCCAGAGAGGAAAUGUGGUCAACUGUACCUGGAUGUUUGAGAACCAGCCAAUCGAUGCCAUCUGCGAUGACGUUAAAGAGGCAAAGGAAACACGCACUGUGACUGAUGUUCAAGGGGGUGAUGUUGACAAAGGCCGCUUCAUUUUUGAAACAUACUCUCUGGAUCAAAUCAAAGAGGAGUCCUCUGAGACUGAUAUUUCAAAACUUACUAGUAUCUUUAGGGAUGAAAUGGAAAGGGGAGAUGUAAAAAAUUACACCAUGAUGUUUGAAACUCAGCCGCUGUAUGCCAUCCGUGAUAAGGAGGGCCAUUAUCAUGAAGUAACUACAGUUACCAAGGAAGAAAUCCUGAGAGGAGACGUGGUGGGGGCCCGAUGGCUGUUUGAGACAAAGCCGCUGGAUUCAAUUAGAGAUUCAGAGGAGGUCUAUGUUAUUAAAGCUGUGACCGAGGAAGGCAUCAACAAAGGAGACGUUAGCUCUGCCAGAUGGAAGUUUGAAACACAACCUCUGGAUGAAAUUACAGAGGAAAUAAAAGUAAGGUCCAAAACAGUUGCUGAUAUCCAAGGCGGUGAUGUGAAAACAAACAAGCAGCGAUUUGAGACUGAUGAGAUGUCUCAAAAGUACAUUAGAACUGUUAGCGUGAGCGAGAUCCAAAAAGGCGAUGUCAGAUCUGCCACAUGGAUGUUUGAAACCCGCACAAUUGAUGAGAUCCACGGCAAAGGCGCAGAAUAUGAUGGCAUGGAGAGAGUGACAAAGGAGGAAGUAAUGAAAGGGGAUGUCAAACAGUCUGUGUGGCUCUUUGAGAAGCAGCCCCUUGACAGUAUCAAAGAGACUGAUGGCACAGAGCUUGUUGUUACAAAGGAGGAAAUCCCACAGGCUGAUGUGAAGACGACAACAUGGCUAUUUGAAACCACUCCAUUCCAUGAAUUCAACGAGAGCAGCUUGGAAAAGACAGAAAUAAUAGGUAAAAGUAUCAAAGAGACACUUGAGGAGCUUUACAGUCAAAAAAUGGUGGACUCACAAGGUAUCCUCAUAGAGGCAGAUGAGAUUGGUGAUGUUCGCAUGGCUAAGUAUAAACUCAUGAACCAGGACGCUCCACAAAUCCAAAAAGAAGAAAUUAUCAGAGGGGAUCUGAGCAACAUUAUGAUGAACCUCCUGAACCGCAGAGAAACCACUGAAAGGGGGAUAACUAUUGACAAGGAGGAGCGAGGAAACAUCAACACCACAGUGAAGCAGCUGUUCAACCAGGAAAAGGGAAUCAGUGUUGAAAAAGAGGAAAUUAUCCGCGGUGACAUUCAAGAGGCAAUAAACAAUCUGCUUAAGAAUGAGGGCUCCUCCAAGCGUGGCAUUCUGAUUCAAGAAGAUGAGAAAGGAGACGUGAGGAUGACUAUCUAUUCCCUCUUAAAUAAAGGUGAGAGGGCCAGCAUGGAGAAAGAGGAUAUCAUUCAAGGGAAUGUCAGCAGAACUCUUCAUCGUCUUCUCUCCAACUCAGGUGGAGAAGACUCUAAAAAGAUAAAGGUUGGUGACAUGGAAAGAGGUAAUGUCAGCUUUUAUUCCACAUGCAUUGAGUCGGGAGCAUUGGAUUACCUGAAACAGCUUCAGAACGAAUCUGAUGAAACUCAGGAAAAGGUGGAAAAAGAGCGCAUCAUAGGAGGUGACAUCGAAGAGACCAAAAUCUUGCUGCGGAAGAAUCAGCAGCAGAUUGGUCGCACCGUGGCAGAGGAUGAUAUAGUUCCUGGUGAUGUAUACAGCACUGUUAAAGUCUUCAUGACAGAGCCUGCUGUUAGCUACAAAAACCUCGAGAGAAGGGAUAUUGUUAAAGGUGACCUCAGUGCAGCCCUGGAUUCACUGACUCAAGCUAUCAAUCAAAAAGUAGUAAUUGAGAAAGAGGAGGUGGUGAAGGGAGACAUCCCCACUACUUUGAGGUCUCUGGAGGAGGCCCAGCAUCAAGCCAAAGAAAUGGAAAAGCCGGAAAUCGUCAGGGGAGACAUCAGAGGUGCUCUGGAGUCACUGGAGAAAUCUGCAACCUCUAAAACGGAAGUGACUGUUGAAGAUUUAGUGCCAGGUGAUAUCAAAGGGACCCUGAAAUCUCUGGAGGAGGCGAAGCAAGCUGUGAAAGAGGUGGAAAAAGAGGAGAUUGUCAAAGGAGACAUCCACACUGCCAUGCAAAGUUUACAUGAAGCGUCGAGUGAGAAAAAGAUUUACCAGCAUCAAGUGAGCGAACAAGGGGACGUUAAAGCAACCAUCCAGCUCUUGCUCGAGCCGACUACAUCUCCACGAAUGCAGCGCAGAGGAAGCAUUGAAGGGGAUGUGAAGACAUCCAUAAAGUCUCUUUAUGAAGGACAGGAGACAUCACAGAUGGAAAAAGAGGAGGUAGUGAAAGGGGACGUUCAAGGGACGAUAAAGUGUCUCAUGCAAAGAAAACAGUACUCAAAUCCAAAACGUAUGUAUCCUCCCAAGAAAGCAAAAGUGCCUGUGAAAAAUCCAUUAACUGUAAAACAAGGGGAACAUGAAUGCCUGCAUGAAGCUAAGAAUGAAAGUGUAGCAGUCAAUCCAGCCCCCGCUGUGAAAAACCUCUCUCAGAGCGGUGAGUCACAGAAGCACACACAGAGGCACAGCGAAAGCAAAUCAGUGAAAACACAGGUAAUAACCCAAGAGGGCCACUCUGUUACUGUAGCCAAAACAGACAAUACCACUGGGUCCUCUCAGCAGAAGAGCAUAAAAGAACAGAAACAGAAAGCUCUGCCCCCACAGAAAAUACAAGCUCCUAAGCCUAUUAUGAUAAAGAAUAAACAAAUGACUAAUAAUGAUCAAACAGAGACUAAAGCUGCUGAUGUGAAUGUGAUGAAAGAGGUGCAAAAUACAGCACAGACAAAUAUCUCAGACAAGCAAAUAUGUGAAACAAAGACAAUCAAACAGGUGCAGACUACAGUGAUGGAGAAAACUGUCAUGCACAAGCAAAAUGUAACAGUAUCAGGGCAGACGUCGACAUCUCAAAAGCAAACAGAGAAUAAGGCUCUCACACAAAAGCAGAGCAUCAAAAAUAUGAAGAGUGAUCACUCUAACCUCGACAUGAGAGGGAAAGGUAUGAUCAAAAAGGCAAAACCAGAGAUUCACUUCCCCCCUCCUCCCUCCUCACCGCCUCCACCCUCAGAGUCUGAGCUCUCUCUCCCUCCACCGCCAUCUCCAGUGACCGAGACCUCAGCGUUCCCCUCAUCUCGACCUUUUAUCGUGAUGCAGGACAGCGACCUCCCGCCCCCACCGCCGCCGCCUCCGCCUCCCAUGGAAUGCACAAAGUCUGAGCCCGAAUUUUUCCCUCCUCCCCCGCCUCCUCCGCCUCCAUCCUCUGUGGGCGGACAAGAUUUUCUCCCUCCACCUCCCUCACAGCAAGAGCUUAAUGCGAUGCCUCAGCCUCCCCCUGCAAAGCUGGGAAAACCCAUUGGCAAGCCUUUAUUCAAAGUACCCAAGCAGCCAGAAACGCAGAAGCAGCCCAUACAAGUUAAACCCAAAUGGCAGAAAAAGCAACCAACCCCUCCUCCACCCCCACCUCCACCUCAGCUCCCUCCUGAUCAAGAAACAACAGUGUUAGCAGACCAUAAAGAAGAAGCUAAAGUUCAGGAAGUGAAAAAGGAAACAAUCCAACAGGUCGAAACAAGCAAGCAGAUUCAGUCUGAAUCAACAGCGGUGUCAGCGAUGAAAAUACCAAGCAUCCCCGCUGCAAAACCAGCGCAAAAGGAAGGCAAAGUGUUUGUCCCUCCCAUCAAACUGCCUCCACCUCCUGACCCUGCUCCAACACCAAAGGCUAGACCUUACGCCCGCAAAUUUAAAACCCCUCUCAUGCUUGCUGAGGAAAGGUACCGCCAACAACAGGUGGAAAAAGAGGAAAUAGAGAAGAGUAAAGUCACAACUCCCACUUCUCCACCAAUUAAUCUGCCUUCCCCUGCUGCCAGUGCUGAGCUUUCUUCAGCACAGAGCACUGAGAAACAAGUGGCCACAGAAGUGACAGAAGCAAAGAUUGAAGAAGCUAAGGCUAUUUCCAAGGAGGAAAUAUUGAUACAACACUCACCUGCCAAGAAAACCCCUUCCCAGAUCCCUUUGAGCAAGUCCUCCAUCUCAGUGGUAAAUAAGAAAUCAGCCCCUGGAUCUUCUAGUGUGGCCUUAGAAAAAAAGCAUGUUGCCAGUGAGCAUUCCUCAGAAAAAAUACUUGCCUCAACUGAAGCUGUAAAAAAGGGUCAAACUGCACCCAAACAUGAGACUGUUGCUGUUUCUCAGUCUCAUCAUGAGGCCUCAAAUAUCGAAGUCCAGUCAUGCUCGAAUGUGGUCACUUCCUCAGUCGUGGAGCAGCAGCAGUUUAUUAAGAAAUCCAGCACCAGGUCUGUCGCUGCCACGCAGAGUGCUGUCCAGGAAAAUGUAAAUCUUCAAAGCCAGGCUGCGGUCACAUUGAAAGCUGAAGAUGUAAAGAAUAUUAAUCAGCCUCUGACACAGGAGGGAAAAAUGAGUCCUUCUCAACCAACUAAAAUUCCAAAGGUAACUCCGAGUUUCAAGGUGAAAACCUUUAAGAUGCCAACAGAGAAGAAAGAGGAGAAAAGUGACAGUGUGGGACAAAAGAAUGCAAUGAAAAGUGAAAUGCAUUUAAAGGAAGAGAAAAGUAAUGUGUCACAGAAAAGUGAAACAAAAGUGAAUCAGGAAAGCAACCAGCUGACAUCAGCAAGAACUGAGCUGAAAACUGAGAUGAAAAUAAAGGAGAAGAAAAGUCAGGUGACCCCACCUGUGAAGGAAGCUGAAGUAGAGGUUCACGUGAAAAAGGGAAAACAGGUGCACAAAAAUGAGGCUGAAGUAAAGCUGUCACCAUCCGUUACUGUUUUAAUGCCUAAGGUGAUGAAGGUAACAUCUGCAUCGGCAACUCAUCAAGGACAAGACCAUGUACCUGUCUCCCACAGUCAGCAGAGCAUGAAGACAGAGCACAUUCAGAGACACGAGGAGCCGGUUGUGACUGAGGGUGGGGUGCAGCAAAGUCUUCAGAGGCAGGAAGCUGUUCAGAUGCAGACACAGCAAAUAAAACCACAAAUAACAGAAUCAAAUAAAAUGCUGAUAAAGGUAGGAAAGGCAAAAGGUGAGGCUAAAUAUGUUUCUGUGAAAGCAACGGGGAAAGUGGCCCAAAAAGACGAGACUCAUUCACAUGAAAUCACAGAUUUCGAGAAAUGUAAUGUAAUGCAGAAGCUCCUCGUUCAAAUAAAAGAGCUGGAGGGCACACCAAGCAAAAUAGACUCCAACGCUGUCAGGAUGAUUAUAAGCGAAGUCCCUGAAUGGGUGAUGGGCUCAGAGGAGAGAAAGAAUUUAAGUGAAAUUUCUAAACAGCAAAGUAAGAAGAAGUUGAAAGAGAUGAUGGUCUAUGUGAGGAAUAUUGUUCAAACAAAGCUCACAUUUUUGGAGGAAAACCUGACAGCCGUGGAAACGCAGGAGAAAGAAGAAAAAAGAAGAACCAGAGUUCUCAGUGGAGCAACAGCAAAGAUGUCAAAGAUGAAUAUCGGCUUGUCCAGGACUGAAAAGAAGGUGGUCGAGGAGAAGAAGUCACUUCAGGAGAGCAAGGUGCAUCAGGAGCUGAGAGAGGCAUCUGAUCCUAGAGUGUCCUCUCCGUUAGCGAGCAUCCGCACCCCGUCGCCCACUUUCAUUAGCAUUGAAUCCAGGAGGGUGGACUCGCCGCUCAGGGUGACACCCUCUCCCCCGCCCUACAAAUCAGUCGGGACGCCGCCGCCUCCUCCUCGCAAGUCGUACACGCCCACAUCCACCUUCAGCAGGGCCACGCCGUCUCCCACCCUGAGCCGCUCUGAGAAGCUGAUGAAACUGAGGGACACCACAUCCAAGCUUUCUCGUGGCAUCACCCCUCCGCCCCCAAUGCCAGUGCCCGAGUGUUUUGCAGCUGAAAGGGAGCAAUCGUCCCCCUUUAGCGACAGAGGGACUCCCAUAGAGAGAAAUGAGCAGGGAUUGGUGGAUGUGGCAGAAAUGGUGGACUCCAUGAUGACAGUCAGGGACAAAAAGUCUUUCUUUGAGGAGGCGCAGAAGGCUGAGGUGAACAGGAUGUACAUCCGGAAGGAUCCCAUCGAUAUCCCUGAACGUCUGGGACCUGAUGCCGAGGAAGGCGCCGAGGCCGUGACUAUAGAUCUUCUGAAAGAGGAUCUCCCGAGAGUUGACCUGUCUAAGCUGGUAAACAAAUUUGAAUCUCCAAAACCAAAAGUCUACACAAGAAAAGAGCCUAUUGUCAUCACAGAGAGGCUGGGGAGUGAUACAGAGGAUGCAGAGGCUGAGCCACAUACCCCGAGGACUGAAGAGAUCCCGACAUUCAACGUUAAAGCAAUAAAGGAUGUGUUUGAGACAGGGGAGCACAGUUCUCAGGCAGCCCGAGAGCUGAGAGAACAAAUAGAAAGAAGAGAACCUGAGUCGGCCUAUUCUGAGGCGGUGGGUCACUCUGACACGACAUCAGUCACUGAGCAAUUCUGCAGCAUUGAUGACUUUGGAAACAUGACAAGGGAGACGAGGAGUGAGAUGCAUUCUGGGAGCUCCCUGACCCGAGGUAACCCUCCAUCCUACGCUGACGUGGUGAGAGGCAAAGUUCCAACAGUCUCCGUGCCCCCUGAGGUCUCCACAGAGGAACUGCUGAGAAACUUCCAGCAGUCGUGGGCUGAGAGCCAGGGAGUUUUCCAGAACCUGGGUUUCAGUGUCACGGAGCAGAGGACCUCGCAGAUUGUAACGCACCAGCAGGAGACUGUCGUGACGGAAAAUUCGAAUUCCAGAGUCCGAGCUGUGCAGGGCGUGUCGGAAGAGGGUGUACCCCAUGGAAUCUCUGAUCGCAGACAAACAAAACUUCCAUAAAAGCUGCUUUCGCUGUGAACACUGCAGAGGCAAACUAAGUCUUGGCAACUACGCCUCUCUCCAUGGACGAAUGUACUGCAAACCACACUACAAGCAACUGUUCAAGUCCAAAGGAAAUUACGAUGAGGGAUUUGGACAGAAACCACACAAAGAACUAUGGAGUAAUAAGAACCAGCAGAAUACAGCUG